AUCGGCUUUUAUAUUUUAAGUAUUUUAAUGCUUUUACACGAUCCGAUUGGCUCCGACUAAAAGCAUCCAAGAACUUGCGUAAUCCUUCAGAUUUACCUGUAGAAAAUGCAUUAUUAUACAUCAAUCAUAUUAAUUUGUUUCUUCAUACAUAGAAAUGAUGCCUUAAAAGAGUGUGGUGUUUCUAUAGAACAAAUGAUACGCAUUGUGGGAGGAAGUUCGAGUUCUCCGGGAGACUGGCCAUGGCAGAUACAAAUUAGUGGUCAGUUUAGGCACAAAACCAAAUGUGGUGGGACAAUUAUCAAUGAAAAUUGGAUUCUUACGGCAGCUCAUUGCCUAGAAGACAUUUCCACGCCUGAAUUUAUUGUAAUCUGGUUAGGAAAAUUUGAUGUGAGCAAGCGAGAAGAUGGAGCAAUUCUUCGUCAUAUCAGCAAAUACGUUGUUCAUCCUGAUUUCGAUACAAUCACUACGGAUAAUGAUAUUGCUCUAUUAAAAUUAUCUAAACCAAUAGAUUUUGAAGGAAAUCAUUCACAUAUCACCCCAAUUUGUUUAGCUGAUGAGAACUUUACUGUAGAUAAUAGAUUCUGUGUAGCAACAGGCUGGGGAAGUCUCUAUCCUGAGGGAGAAGAAUCAAAUUUACUUCAAGUAGUAUCACUUCCGAUUAUUGAACAAGAAACCUGUAAGAAGUUACUUGCCAGGUAUUACCAGAAUGUGACACAAGGAAUGAUUUGUGCUGGUCGUGGAAAAAUAGGUGUUUGCAACGGAGACUCGGGUGGUCCUUUACAAUGUAAGAAAAAUGGAAAAUGGUACCAAGUUGGCAUAACUUCUUGGGGUGUUGGAUGUGCGGUACCUGAUGUGCCUGAUGUAUUUGCGCGAGUUAGUCAUUAUCUAUCCUGGAUUAACACUGUGAUAGAAAACUAUUGAGUUUUUAACGAAUUAUAUUAAGUUUUUAACUGUAAUUAUUUGA